CAAAAUGGCGGCGCUUGUGGAAGGGCAACAAUAUGGUCUUUCUUCACAGGGAAGCAAUUCUAGUAACAAAUCGCUCAUAUUUGUAAAAUUGACGGAUUCAGGACUUAGAUCUAUUGAGGAAUAUUUGAAAAACAGAGGCAGCACACCAAAAAAGCCUACAAUCCAGUUUGAUGACAGCAGAGGGGUGAUACGGUUACCAGGUGUCCACAACAGUCAACAGUCAUUUGGCUUCACUUUGUCCAACAUUGAAGCUGAUAACUUACAAGGCAGUUUUGAAUGCUUACAACAGAAAGGAUCAAGGCUUUUAGAAUCGGUAGGCUCAAUGAUGCACAAAAUGCAGAUUUGUGCCAAUGAGGAUAGCUAUGAAAAAACAAGAGCAAAAAUGGCAGUGGCUGAACAAGAGAACAAGAAAAACUGCACAAAAAUUAUCAAGGCAUCGGGACCUUAUGUAGGACGAAAAGUAAAAAUGAAACGGCCAAUUUUGUCUGUGCCUCCACCUAAACCAUCCAGUCCUCCACCACACUCGGCUUUUCCAUUAUCCAGGCCUGUGCCUAAGCCCUUUCCUUCAGCAAGUAGUUUACACAUGGCAGCAACUGGAAAUCACUCCAAACCAGCAGUUCAACAGAAAUCUAACAACCCAGACAUCUUAAGAAGGACUUACAGGGAACGGGUCAUUCAUCUCCUUGCCCUGAGGCCUUACAAAAAACCAGAACUCUUAGCAAGAUUAAUGAAAGAUGGUAUUAAAGAAAAGGACAAGAAAAGUCUGAGUGCUAUCUUGAGCCAGGUAGCUGUCCUUAAAGGAAAUACCUUUCACAUUGCACGGUACAUCUGGAAUGAGGUUUCUGAUGACUGGCCUUUCUAUUCUGCUGAAGAACUGAAACUGAUGAAGAGGCAAAAGCCACAGAACCUAACACCACCUAGUGAAAGUGAAAAUCGGUUUCCUUGUUUACCUCAGGAAUAUGAUUCUUCUGUGGCCCAGAAACGCAUGUCUCCAAGUGCUGAACCUCACCCAGCCAAGAAGCAGAGGAUAUCUCAUUAUAAGAAGCCUGAGCAGUUUGGAUCCAUAUCUGCUAACUCAUCUGGACCAGAUCCUCCAUGCUCCAAAUCAAAUUUUGUAAAUGCGAAUUGUUACAAAGCUGAUUUAGCUAUGGAAAAUGCUGAAAGACCUGAAAAUCAUGAAAGGACAAUAUAUCUAAACAAAGCAAAAGCAGACUCACCCAUGGAGAGCAUUAGUAGGCCUGACAGCAACUCAAGGCCAAAGUAUACAAACAGUUAUGGUAGGCCUGAUAAUCAUUCUAAGAUAAGUUGGAAUGAUUCUAUUAGGACAAGUACAAUUAGUGAAAAGUAUUCUGUAUCUCAGAGUGAAAAUUAUCCUCUAUCUGAAAGUGCAAAGUAUUCUGUGUCUAAAAGUGAAAAAGUUCCUGUGUUUCACAGUGAAAAGUAUCCUGUAUCUGAGAGUGCAAAGUAUCCUGUUUCUCAUGGUGAAAAGUAUCCAAUUGUGCAUAGUGAAAAGAAUCCCUUAUCUCCACGUGAAAAGUAUGGUAUGGCUAAAAGUGAAAAGUAUCCCACAUCUCACAGUGAAAAGUAUCCCACAUCUCACAGUGAAAAGUAUCCCACAUCUCACAGUGAAAAGUAUCCCACGUCUCACAGUGAAAAGUAUCCCACGUCUCACAGUAGAAAGUACUCCCACGUCUCACGAGUAGAAAAGUCUCCCACGUCUCACAGUGAAAGUAUACCUACUAGUCUCACAGUAGAAAGUAAUCCUACAUCUCACAGUGAAAAGUAUCCCACGUCUCACAGUGAAAAGUAUCCCACGUCUCACAGUGAAAAGUAUCCCACGUCUCACAGUGAAAAGUAUCCCACGUCUCACAGUGAAAAGUAUCCCACGUCUCACAGUGAAAAGUAUCCCACGUCUCACAGUGAAAAGUAUCCCACGUCUCACAGUGAAAAGUAUCCCACGUCUCACAGUGAAAAGUAUUUGGGGUUUCAGAGUGAAAAUCAUUCUGUUUCUGAGAAUGAAAAGAAUUGUGUGUCUGAAAGUGAAAGGUAUUCUGUAUUUCAACAGAAUGAAAAACAUCGUGGGUCACACAGUCCUUACCCUAUGCAGCUUUCUUCAGAACGUACUUGCAGCCCACAUCAUUCCAUAGGAAGAAAAUCUCAUCAACGUAUUCCAGAGUAUUUGCAAUCGUGUGACACAAGAGUAACACCUGUAGAGUCAUGGCAGAAAGAUGGCAAACGUAAUCCAAAUCCAUCUAGCUUAAAAAAAAUGGAACCAAAGAGUGAUUCCUUUUUUACUAAGUCUUAUUCCAGUCUCAAUAAGUCCUUCCCAGAAGAGAAGUUUAAAAAACAGAGGUUGAAAACAUCUUCAAAAUCAUGUGGAUCAGUUUCAGGAGAUUCCUCUCCUGCCUCCAGUCCAGAUAGCCAGUCAAGUGUUGAUUCCUCAGGAUUUUUCUCUUCAAAUGGCGAAGAUUUGGAUUAUCUUGGAAAGUUUGUGGUGAUCUCUAACAAUGAGCAGCGGGCUAGAUAUAAAGCAGACUUCAAUGCAGAAUAUGAAGAAUAUUGCAGGUUACAUGGAAUAUUAGUAGACGUUUCUAAAAGAUUUGCGACUUUAGAUUGUACAUUACGACAAUUUGAGGAAGGCUCAGAUGAUUGGGAACAAAUUAUGCACCAGAUUAAAGUAGAAUACAAAGAAAACAGAAGAAAGCAGUACCAUCACGUGAAGAAGCGAUUUCAGUACUUGCAUAACAAAUUAUCUCAUAUCAAACGACUCAUCAUGGACUACGACCAAGCACAGAGAUAGAAUCUGAUGAAGAUCUUUCUGUCCAAACUGUACGAGGAAAGUAUUUGUGUACAUGGCAUACAUUUGUGACGUACAGAAUGAUAUGUAAGACUUUUCCUAAUUUUAUUGUAAAAAAAAAUUGUGGAGAAGGAUUUAAAGGUUCAAAUAUGUCACAUUUUUUUAAAAGAUAAAAGGUCUUCAAGUGAGAACUGAAAGAAGACAAGUUAUUAUUAAUUUCCUGUGAAGAAAAAAUCAUAUUGAUAUAAGAUUUAAAAGAAAAAAAAAAGAGAUGUUAAAGUUAGGCUUAACAGCGAAUAAUCUUCUGCUGUGAAAUCAAAGUGUAACUGGCUAGAAAAGAUUGUUUUGCCCACCAUAUGUACAUGUGUACACCCCCUUCCCGCCUCCAUUUUCACCCACUACCCACCCAUGUUCUUUCUGAACUUGUAUCUGUCAGCUCAGUGUUAUCCAUCUAGUUCUUGCUAUCAGUUGCAUAUUUUUCUUCCUUAUGGAAAUAUUCUUUUUGUACAUUGAAAUUUUCAGUUGAUGUAAAAAUGUACAAAAUGACUUUCUUUCUGAAAAGAAUUCUUAAUUUUGAAGUUUCCACAAUUAACUAUUUUUUUUUUCAUUAACCAUGAGUACAUUGUAUUUUUGACUAGUCACAUAGUAAUUGUGAUGUUCUCAUGAAACUGGCAGAGGAAAAAAUUUGAAGACAAAAAUAUUUUACUCACAGAGGAGUAUUAGGUAAUUAUUUUCAAUGUAUCUGUUCACUUUAAGAUAUGUUUGUAAUUUUCAAGUUCAUAAAAUUAAUAAUGUGUCUAGAAUGAUGAGCAAAAUGAUUAUGGUGAAGAAAUUUUUACGUUAUGAAAUUGGUGUAACUGAAAGUCCAAGGAAAUGUAAGAAAUUAAAACAUAAUUUUAGUGGUUUACAAAAUUUGUGUUAUUGUUUAGGAAAAUAUAUUUUUUAAUACAAAAGUUUACUGACUCGUACAAUUAAUAAGACAGAUAACUCCAAAAGCCCUUUAUCCACUAUUUUUAUAUAAAACAUCUUAUGUGCUUUGUGUCAAACUAUGCAUUUGAUGGUCUUAGGUGACCAUGUUUCUAUUAGGGGCUCUUGAGUCACACUGAUAAAAAACAAAAAGUGAAAAUAGAAUAUGUUACUGUUUAUAUUGUCUCUAAAACUGUUGACAUUUUCAUUUUUGAAAAAAAAAGGUUAAUAAAAGAUAUUCCAAUGUUUGAUAUCAGUUUUGGAUACUUAGUAUAAUCUGCAGAGAUCGCAUAAGAUAUAGUGAUCCCAAAUAUCUAUUAUUUGGACAGAUUUCUUGUUAAGGUUGGAGAUAUUAGAUCUUAGUAAUUCUGAAAUGACUAUUUUGAAGAAAAUGAAAGUGUACCUUGAAGUUUAUACUGUAAACUUUUUAUCAGAACUCCAUUGGCAGUUCUUGAAAUUCUUUCAACAGUGAUAUAGGCAGUGUAUUCAUGAUGAAAAAAAGGUGAAAAUUGCCACCAAUUUCCUUAUAUAGAUAACAGAACUUUACUUAAAAGGCUUUUUCUUUUCUGAACUCAUUUCAGUACAAUUCUACUAAUUGUAUGGUGCCCAUUUUCACCUUCGUGUCAUCAUGAAUAAUUGACUUAUUCAGAAAUUCAAAAUGGAGCUUUAAAUUUGAACUUUAUGUUGCAAGUAUGUGCAUUAUAUUAAUGAAGUAAUAAUUUCAACAAAAUGUUAAAAGAAAAGAAACAUUUUGUAACAGCACUCCUGAAUUUAUCUUCUUUGAUAAAUAUGUGAAACCCAGUUUUUUUAAUUUGAUUUUCUUAGCUCAUAGUAAACAUAUUCCAGUUUCAUGCUUUUUUUUUUCAGCUAUUGAUGAUGUGAUAUUUCAGUAUUCUCUCUUGAACACUGUGCAGCUCAGAACUUUGAAAGUUUGAGGAUAAAAGAAUGGGUAUUGUUUGAUACUUGUUUAUCCUGUGUUGGAAAGACCAAUUUUAUAGAUGGUCUGCAGUCUGAGUAUUGCAUUCAUAUUUGCAUGACCUGAUGCCUACCUCAUAAGGUUUGAAUAAGCUACUAACCUUUGUUUUAUUUAAUUUUUUAAAGAAUGGAAGUGCUCAGUUUGAUUUUGUUUAUGUCAAUAUGUGCAACAGAAUUUCGGUCAAGAUUAACAUGAUUUACAUUUGUUGUUCUUGGUUUGCAUCUCUGACUUGGCAGAUCCUAUUAUCACAAAAAACACAUUAUGCUUAUUUAUUUUUAGAAAUAAUAGUAUUUUUUUAAUGGGAGAGUAUUUUUUUUUUCCUUGAUUUAUUUAACAUUAAUAACUUGUUUCAUAUGUAGCUCUCAUUAUGCCUGUACAAUCCAAAACUUGCAUGGUGCCAGGUCUUUCCUAGUGUAUAAUUUUUGUACCUAACAUUAACCACCAGAUUGAUUAUGGUUGUUUCCAUAAUUUUAGUUAGGCCAUUUGAAAGAUAUUAGCUAUAUGCACGUAUAAUGUAAUUAGACAAAAGUUGCACAAAACGUAUUAACACUAAAACGUGAAGUUCUCAGUAGGCAUGGUACCAUUUCAAGAACCUUUGUGAUCUAUCGACUACUUAUCUGAAACUUUUUUUUUUUCAAUUCACGUGAAUAAUGGCAAUAUGGUAGACAUUCAUUUUCUUGCAGGGAAUAGGCUAAAGUUUACCAGACUCACCUAGUACAACCUUUUUUUUUUUUUUAAAGAAUCACUCUUAAUUUUUUCCAGAGUUAAGUGAAUGGUAUUGCAUCUCAUAAAAUAUCUGAAUACUUUAAAUGUCUCCAAUGCUAUCUUUCAGAAUACAAAGCUUGUUUGUUUAGUGUUUGUGGAAAUGAAUGUAAUGCAAGAAUAGGUCAGGAUUGCUAUGCUCAUUAUGAUGUGAUAAUAAGUGAAGUUGAAACUUUUUUAAAGUGAGGGAAAAAAAUGUCACAGUGGGCUGAUGUGGCUUUAUUUUCUAAUAUUUUUUCAAAGAAUUGUGGAAAGAUGCAAGUUGUUCUGUUGGAUUAUUUAUUGCCAGGCAUAUUCUUUGCCCUUAGUUAAUGUUAUUUGAACAUUUUUUUUAUAGGGUUGUGUUAUAUUGCAAAACACUUUUUAUCAUUUAAUAAUGAAUGCAUAAAAACUCUUUAGUUUUUGUGAUGUGUGGGCCUUAGGUAAAAAAAAGGAGGCUUAAAAAAGAAAAGUUUUCUUGGGAGGGAAGGCGGGUGAUUUGAACAAAAAAAUAAAAAUAUUGAGCAUUUGAUUUAAAGUAACUUAGAAAAGUGGGAACUACUUGUUUUCCUAAAGGCACAGUCUAGCCACUUGAUUAGUUGCAAUCAGACGUAUGUGGUUGUGUUUUGAUUGAAAGAUUCAUCUCUCAAGGAUAUUUAUGUUGACGACCGGAACGGCUAAACGACUUCCUUUUUUUUUGUAUGUUUUUGGUAUAUGUGCCUUAAGUCAGUAAUUUGUUGCUUGCUUAUUUUCCCCCGUUGCUCUCAUAUACGAGCUAUAAUUGGGUUGUACCUAUUUCUACAUUUUUAUUUCACACACCUUGGAGGUUAUUGGACACUGAUAUUGUUAUAAGCAGUUAAAUGUGGACUAAAUCUGGGUGUUCAAUUACUUGUAGUCUGGAAAUGCAGGAUGACUUUUUGCUAUGUACUAUCAGUGAAAAAUUUACAAAUGCAUACUAAUUUUUGUGAUUAGUAUAGAAAGUAAAAAAAAAAAAGGGGUUUUAGUAGAGACUUUCAUAACAAUUUAAAUAAAAUAUUUUUCAAUUAAUGUAGAGUUCUCAUAUUAAGUAUACAUUGUACAGAAUAUUAUAGUAUAUAAAAUGAUCUAUUUUAAUUAAAAUAAAUGUACUAAGGUGAAGUAAUGAUAAUAUUGUAACUAAUAAAAAUUACAUAUAAAAAGAUAUAUGAAGUAUAUAAUGAUUUAUUUUAAUAUAUCAGCAAGCAUAAAAUUGUAUUUCUCUUAGUUUAAUGCAAAACAAUUUAAUAUAGUUCUAUCAUUUAAUUUAACUUUUCUUCUUACUAAGGUUUAUGUUGUAUCUGGAUAUAUAUAUAUAUAUAUAUAUAAGUUUUUGACAGAUGUUCAAAACAAAAAAAAGUGAAAAACCAACCAGUUUAAUGGUUUUUGAAUGGCUUUCAAGAAUUAUGCUGUAACAUUUAUUUUUUGGUUGUUACUUUAAAUAGAAUAAUUAAUGCAAAUUAAGAGGAUAGCUAUAUAAAAAGUAAACUGUUGAAUAAUUAUAAGUACAAUAUUUCUUUCAAGUAAGUUGCUGAAGUACAGCAUAUACCUAGGUUGUGAAUUUAAUCCUAACCAACUUGGUUGCUGUAAGACACUGUGAAAUUUUUUUGAUUAGAGGUCUCUGGUUAUUAGUAUAGUUUGUAUCAGUAGUGGAGUCUUUAUGUCACAGUUAUCCUGGUCCAUUGUAGAAACAUUUUUUGUAUACUAAACUUUAUGCCUACCAAGGGAAGAGGGAUGUUGUUACUGUAUUUUCAAGUGCCAUUAUUUAAUAUUAUGAAUGGUGAACUCCAAGCAAAUAAAUUUGAAAAAAAAAAAAAAAAGUGGUUAUAUUUACUCAUUCCAAGUAUAUAGUCUGAACUAAAUUAAAAAUCCAGAGACAUUUUGGAUUGCUGUGCGAAAAGGUUGAUGGGUUUUUAGUUUGAUGCCACAUUUGAUCUGUCAUUUAAUGAUAUUUGUAAGAAUAUCAUUAAUAACUCAAACUUAUAUUGUAUAGUCUACCAUUUGGAAAAUAUUGGCAUAAUUACAUAUUAGAUUUUAUAGGAGCAUCAUAUGAAAAAACUGUUUGAAUCUUGGUGACUGAAAACCAACUGUAGGACAUUAACUACAUCAGGCAAAUUACAUUGAAAACUAGUCAUUGACGUUGUUGAGAAAAUAAAUUUUAAUCAACCAACUUAUAUGGAAAAGUGAAUUUAAAUAUCUACAAAUUAAUCAAAUAAAUUAGUUUUCAGGACAAAAUGCACUGACUUUUGGGCAGUUUUUUUAUAUUUGGUUGUUUCAGUAAAAACAAUCAAAAGGAAAUCAGCAAACUUAAAUUUUAUUACAAAGAACAAUUUGAUUUUUAAUGUUAAUGGUAUUUUUUACUGUUUUAUUUCAGCUCUAGUUUAACUGAAACUUAAAAUCGGAUGUGACAUCAAACGCUUAUACCAGGCUUGUCAGUUGUUUCACUAAAUGUGUUGGAGCCUAAGUGGGCAGCAGUAGUGGUGUCAGUGUUGUACAACAUGGAUGUAUACAUUCAUAAAAUAAACUGACUUGUUGCAUUCA